GCUGCCGAUUGCUAAAGCCUUCAAACUACUUCCAUGAUCGGGAAGUGAGCAAAAUCGGGUCCGGUUCGCAACACCCUCGUUGUCGAGCGCCACAUGUCAGCACCUAUCUACACUGACAGCGAACAGUCUACAUCAGCCCAGCUCACUUGUAUUGGUCUGACCAAAGGACGAAGUCCGGCGACGUUCUACUCUGAAGUUCAGUCUCUAAUAGUGUCCAGAAAUCUGCAGUUGUACCGUCUUCCAGAUCUUCAGCUGUAUGGCUCUACACUGACUUACCUGUGUUGGCUUUUCCAUAGAGCCAACUGCCCCACUGGCUUCCGACAUCAUGCGGAUCUACGGCUAGCUAACUUUCUGUCAGAGUAUGAACUUGACUCGAGACGAAGCCUCCAACUUGGAUGCCGAUAAAAAAUAACGCUCUACUUAAACUCUUAUUACCCUCCGAUUCUACCAGACACCGAGUUUGCAACGGCGAGGAGGAGCCUUAUGUCUUCUUCUGCGAGCUUUCCCCCCUCCUCGACUCACAUUGUGAGAUAUGUCACCCGUACUCGACAACAGGCAUUGUGUACAGGCGGUGGCCAAGUGACGUUGUUUCUUUUUGGCCCCUUUCAGCUAUCCAAGAGGUAAACUAGCUAGACCUUUGCUAGUGCGACGGACAUCGCGUCAGUGUGCAGUCCAACCUACCCACAUAUUAAACCUCCGUACUCAACCUGUCCUGAUAGACAAUGUCGACACAAACGCCAAGAGAAGACAUGAACCAUAACCGCAAACGACGCAAAGUCCGCAAGUCCUGCAACGCUUGCAGCUCUCAAAAGAUCCGCUGCGGCAAACAAAAUCCCAAAUGCCAGCGAUGCGAAGCAAAGGAUCUCGAAUGCGCAUACAGCAUGUCGAUGCGAACCGGUGAACGCCCUCGUGUUCCCGCCUCACCCCAUUCCAUCUCGGAGACUCGGGAGCCGACACCGCUGGCCAUCCGAGAUAGGCCGUCAAUGGCCGUGGCCAAUGCCUCUCCAGUCUCGAACGUCUCGCAAGUCUCACCACAACAACAACAACAACAACAACAACAACAACAACAACAACAACAAGAGCGCCGGCUAUCAGAACAAUCUUCAGAACACCCCGUCGACCUCCAAGAUGAUAUCUUGUGGCUGCUGGAAGGAAACUCGGACUCCGAUAACCUGAUGGACCAGGGUUUGUGCUUAGACGACGCAGCCGUAGACUUUGGAGUUGCGACGAAUCUGACCGACCUGGCUACUAGCCCAUCAAAGCAGUCAUCUGCGGUGAUACCCACUCCUAUGACGCAGAAGUAUGACGCUGCCUCCUUGUUUGACCAGCCUCUGAGUCACGGGCUUCCACAGUCAAAGGACGUACAGCCUGGGCGUUCCAACACAGUGGACUCCGCGCGCAGAGGCUCAAGCACAUACUCGAACUAUGGAAUCUCUCGUUGCGCCACGACUCACGACUGUACUUUGGAGGUCCUGGGGAUCGUCUCCGACUUCCACGUCCCGGCGCAAGGUUGCCUCACUGCCGUUAAAGGCUCGGCUUGCACGUCGCAUCUGGGGCACCCGCUCGACGACGACAUGCCCCGUGAGAUGGGAACCGUGCUGUCGCACAACCGAGACAUCCUCCACAAACUCAACAAUCUCCUCGACUGUCGCUGCUUCAUGAGACAAGAGGUGCUUGUUCUAGUCUACGUGGCCGUGUACAAGGCCCUUGGCUGGUAUGCGGCUGUCCUUGACGACGACGGUUCGUCCGAAGACCAAUCGCAGUUCCCGCUGUUCGGCCGCAUAGCGAUCACCACCUCGUUCGUCGGGAGCUACUGUCUGGAUAACGACUCGCAGCGAGUCGUUACCGCACACCUGGUGCUGACACACCUCUGGGAACACGUCGACCCUCUUAUCAAGAGGCUGCGUCACUGGCACCCUUCGGCGGCCACACACAUCACCAAGGGACGCAUGUCUAACAUUAUCGAUCAACAUCACCAGGCACUUCAGGAGGAACUUGAAAGAAUCACUUUCAAAGCAAAUCGUAUCAAGCAUACAUGAUUCAAUGCUUGUUUUCUCAUGUGUUCUUACCUCAAGGAUGGGGUGCGGGAGUUAAGUAAGUUAUUACUUUAGGAGGACUUUGUGAAAUUGUUCGGUACGCUGCGUCGAGGCAAACCCCCCCCCCCCCCCCCCCCCAAGAAAAACCAGACGUGUAGACUGGAUCGGAUUUCAGAUCUCAUGUUGGUAUCAAAUCAGUUUUCAGGCAUGCUUUUUAUUGGACACACCUGCUAUUAGGCAUAGCACAUCUAGGAUACCAGCUCAGAGAUACCCAGCUUUCAGGCUGACUAGGAGGAGUUGAAGCAGUAAACAGCAUAACGGUUGGC